AUGAAUCUGUUACAGGAAACGGAGGAUGCAACAAACGAAAGAAAGUUCAUAAAGUCUCAGGUGGAGAAACGUCGGAGGGAGAGAAUGAACAGCAGCCUGGAGCGUCUGAGGACCAUGUUGCUUCAGGAGCCGCAACAACUGGGUGGGACUGAGCGCAGGGUGGAGAAGGCUGAGAUACUGGAGCACACAGUCCUCUUUCUGCAGAACACUGGCAAUGAAGACAAGACCACAGCUGGAGGAGGUGGUGGUGGUGGUGGAGGGCGGAAACAUUCGUUCCAAGACGGCAUCGCCACCUGCCUGCAGAGAGCUGCUCACUUCCUGGGACCUGAAGGGAAAGGUUUGUGGCUUGGCGCCGCACUGGAUGCGUCUUUUGCCGCUCGCUUUUCCCGCUCAGACUCUGAUCCUGCAGGCGUCCACAGGGACUCCGAAGCGCGCUCCUCCAGCUCUCUGCCACACGCGAAGUCCAUUCUGCGGAUGCUGAGGCAGAAGUCCAAGCACAGACUGCUAACGCGAGCUUUCAGCGUGGACGGUGUUGCGCAUCCGUACCGAUUCGCAGUCCAGCAGGGCUUUCCGACAACCGCCCAACAGGCUCAGAGACAAAGCCGGCUUGAGAUCAGGGUGCAGGGACGAUCGAGGAAACAGAGUUCGUCCCAGAGCCAACCCAUCAGCCAGUCACUGUGGAGGCCCUGGUCCUGA